UUGUUGUUUAGUAUUCUCUGUGCUCAGAUCCAUAAACAGACGCGUGCAUUCACUUGUGUCGAUUAGUGCGGGGGAUAUUUUGUUGUCGGACGAACGGGGCACUUAAUGACAAUUACAGAGCCAAGCAAAAACAAACACACACGCACACACAACCGCAAAUUCCAAAGCCAAGACGAAGGGAAAGCCAUAACAAUAAAGCAACGAAUAAAACGAAACAACAUUCAAUAGACAUCACUAGCAGCAGCAGCUACUGCCGAGAACAGCUGUUUUGGUGGUGUGGCAGACAAACGUCAAUUAGCUCGGCUCGAGAACAGACAAGGAAGGUAACAACACAUCAACACCAUGAACAACUUGUCGGAUACACCAGUUCCUGAUCCUGGCUCCAAUGCGGAUAAAAAAGAAUCGAAACAAUCAAGUGCUUUAAAGAAAACCAGUCGAUAUCGUAGUCGUUCAUUGUCGGCUUCAUCCACCGACUCAUUUUCAUCUGCCUCUUAUACGGGCAGCAGCUCGGAUGAUGGUGAUGAUGUACCACCACGAGAGAAGGUGCAAAAGAAUUCCAAAGGUGGUUCUGAUUUCUGUGUACGUAACAUAAAUCAGAAUGCGUUUGGUCGAAGGGAAAUCGAGAUAGCCGAACAAGAAAUGCCCGGCAUAAUGGCUCUCAGGAAAAGAGCAGCCGAUGACAAACCACUUAAGGAUGCAAAAAUAGUGGGUUGUACCCACAUAAAUGCCCAAACAGCGGUCUUAAUAGAAACACUUAUCGACUUGGGUGCAUCUGUGCGUUGGGCAGCGUGUAACAUAUAUUCCACACAGAAUGAAGUUGCUGCUGCUUUGGCAGAGGCGAACAUUCCCAUAUUUGCCUGGCGUGGCGAAACCGAAGAAGAUUUUUGGUGGUGCAUUGACCGUUGCGUCAAUGCCGAAAAUUGGCAGCCGAAUAUGAUUCUGGAUGAUGGAGGCGAUGCCACCCAUUUAAUGCUUAAGAAAUAUCCGACAAUGUUUAAAUUGGUAAAGGGUAUUGUGGAGGAGAGUGUAACUGGUGUUCACCGUCUAUACCAAUUAUCGAAGGCGGGUAAAUUAACUGUGCCCGCAAUGAAUGUCAACGACUCCGUGACGAAAACAAAAUUCGAUAAUUUGUACAGUUGCAAAGAGUCCAUAUUGGACAGUUUGAAGCGUUCAACUGAUGUCAUGUUUGGUGGCAAGCAAGUCGUCGUCUGUGGCUAUGGAGAUGUGGGCAAAGGUUGUGCCCAAGCCUUGAAGGGUCAAGGUUGUAUUGUUUACAUAACGGAAAUCGAUCCUAUCUGUGCCCUUCAAGCCAGCAUGGAUGGUUUUCGUGUGGUCAAAUUAAAUGAGGUAAUACGCAAUGUAGACAUUGUGGUCACGGCCACCGGCAAUAAGAAUGUGGUGGUGCGCGAGCACAUGGAUAAAAUGAAGAACGGAUGUAUUGUGUGCAAUAUGGGCCAUUCCAAUACCGAAAUCGAUGUAAAUAGCUUACGUACGCCCGAUUUGACUUGGGAAAAGGUGCGCUCUCAAGUCGAUCACAUUAUUUGGCCCGAAAGUAAAUACAUAAUUCUACUAGCCGAAGGUCGUCUGGUCAAUCUGUCAUGUUCGAGCAUACCUUCAUUUGCUGUGUCAAUUACAUCUGCCACUCAAGCCUUAGCACUUAUUGAACUAUUCAACGCCCCACCCGGUCGAUACAAGUCCGACGUCUAUUUGUUGCCCAAGAAGAUGGACGAAUAUGUAGCAAGUUUACACUUGCCCACCUUUGAUGCCCACUUAACGGAGCUUUCUGACGAGCAGGCCAAAUACAUGGGCCUCAACAAGGCCGGCCCAUUCAAACCCAAUUACUAUCGCUAUUAAUGACAACUACAACAAUUGUCGUGUGGUGUGAUAUGCAUGCGGAAAGACAUGCAAACGGCACGUUACAAAUGUAAAACAAAACAAAUAAAAACAAAAGGAGAAAAAUAGUUUAUUACCACUAUUGAAGAAAAAAAAAAACAAAAACACUAUAAGACAAUGAAGUUAAACAAGCAGCAAACCUACUGAUGAUGAUGAUGAUGAAAUCAACAACAUUGUAAGAAUGUAAUUAUAAUUUUUAAACCUAUCGCAAGCAGCACAAUUGUUGCCGAUAAACACAAGUACUUUAUACAUAGAUAAAAUGGGGGUUUGUGCUGAUGAAGUACACUUCAUUAUUUUCUAGAAUCCAUUUGGAAAAGAAUAGUCAUCGAAUUUUAUAAGAAAAAAAAAGCCAUAAGGUUCAGUGUGUACUUAACAAGGAAGUAUCAGCAAAACAGUGUAUUAAUAUUCGUUUCUCCUGACUCACUACUCACUACAUUGGGGUCGAACACAUUUCAGAUAUCACACCUUUUCGUUUCUCAGUAAUGUUUAGUACUUACUAUCCAUUCACAUGUUGGUAUUUCUGCACUCGUUUACAUUUGCCUCAAAAUAUUUAAAGGAAACCACCAGAGCAAUGUUGUAUAUGGGGAUUUUAUUUUCGGUCAACUGAUUUUCCCUUGUUCAGUGUACCCUGAUUAGGCCUUAACAAGCGUUGACGAAUAUUUCAAGUGAUACCCAGUAUACCACCUCCAAAUGAUUUCAAUUUUAUGCAAAAAUACAACGUGUUUUUAAUUUCAUAGCCUUUGCUUUGAGACUUAACAGAAUUUGCAAGAGAUGAAAACAGUUGGACAAUACAGGAAUAUAAUUUAUUUAUAUUAAAAAAACGAAAUAGGUACAUUGGCAGGCACUAUACACCACACACACACCACACUCAUUAACCACUUGUGAUGAAGUCCAACACGGUGCCUGUGUUUGGCUUUAUAUAUUUUUUUUACAAUAGUAUUGAAUAUAUUUUCCUUAGGUAUAAGUAUAAAAAAACAGCUUUUUCCAAGCUCUUAUACUACUCGCUAUUGGUUUCGUACUUAAAUAUGUAUUUCAUCUUCCACACCAACCUAUCGGCCUGUUAUUAUGAGUCGCUUUACACAAAGCAAGAGUCUAAAUUCACAUUCAACUUUAUAAAAGACAGUUUUAGGAGAGGAUGCUAACAGAACAUACAUUUUAAAUCAUUUAAUGUUACUUCUUAUUAGCCAAAUUAGUUGUAUGCAUGUUUCGUUUUUUUUUGCUUUACUGUACUGGAUUUUUUGCUUGCAGUCUAUACUACAGUUGGAUCGAUGACGUAAAAUGAAGGAAAAGAGCCCAUUGGGCCUGCUUGCCGCUGCUUUCAAUUUUUUUUUUCGAAGAAAACCACUGAAUUAAGCUUAAGCUUAAGCUGCUAUCAAACGACAGGUAGUUUACACAUGAACUUUCCACAUGUACCGAAUGAAGAACAGCAGUUAACAGCCGAUGCAUAAAAAUAUGCAAGCAACACAUUCUGGGCGGUAUUAAUUUAACGAAAAGUAACAGCACCGGAGGCCAUCGUAGCGCAGAGGUUAUCAUGUCCGCCAAUGACGCUGACGUUCGAAUUGUGGUGAGAACAUCAGAAAAAAUCUUCAUCGGAGGUUAUCCCCUGGUGGUUAUAGUGGUCUCCCCAAAAAACUUUCGCACUGCAGUACGGUACGUUCGGACUCGGCAAAAACAAGAAGGUCCUUAUGACUUAGCCAAACCCUGAAUCGGAGAGAACUCAUUGAUAUGUGAGAUGUUUGCCCCUGUUCCUUUAUAGAACGUUCAUGGGUAAAUUUGCAACUACAACAAUGCACUCUGCAGAAGUUUAGGAACCGUAUAUGUCUUUGUCUGUUGUAGCCACAUCUCCAUGUGGAGGUAGCGAUCCUCAUCAAGCCUCUAAAGGUGGGCAAGCUCGUUCAGUCCAUAGCUGCGGGAACACCUUGUCAUAUUGAGCAACACAGGCAUUCAAUAUUUAAGCAAGACCCGUUGCCGCCCGGCCACCUGAAACACUCCGCUUGAUACCACAGAAUGUUCGUAACUCGAAUUUCAGAUACUCCGUACAGAGCAUUCCACUAUUCACAACUAGUGGAGGCGCUUCCAACCAAGCUUUGCAAUGAUAGCAAUGAACACCACACAAAGUACCAGCCUCUGUUGUUGUAGCCGUUUCCGUAUGUGGAUGUAGCGAAUGUCGUCAAGCUCCAAGGUGAAUAAGCUGUUUCUGGUCCAUGGUAACGAUCAGCUCGGGUACGUCAUGGUCAUUGGUUAAUUAAAGGCGCCAAUAACUUUCCUCAUCAUAUCGAGUAUCAUGGACACUCAGUAUUUAGGCAAGAGCUGGUGCCCCUGACUUCUCACUGAGACUCUCCACUCAAUAUCGCUGAUUAUCUGCGAUUGAAAUUGCAGCUACUCCGUAUACGAAUCAUCCAACUAUCCGCAACCUGUGGACGACCACGGUGUGUGGUGGUCAUAUAUUUACCUUGCCGGCGAUAACUACGACGCGGAUAUUCUCCACCAACGCAUUUUAGUACAUAAAUGUCUUUCGAUCUUUCUCACAGACACUGCAAGCACUAUCUGGUCUGUAUCCUUUCUUUGGAACCAUUUAACAAAACACGAGUAGUUUCAGUGUCUUGUAUAUAGUGUAAUUCCAUGGCUAACUGUUUCCAUAUCCAAACUUCGUUUAGUAUUGAACGGUUUGGUCCUUUUCUAUCCUAACUGAGGAACAUCAUCUAUCUUUGGUCUUUUCCAGGAUUUGGCCCAGUGCUAAUAUCUGCUCUACGUACGUACUGGAUUGACCCGAUGGAUUCCCUAAUCGGCAAGGGCUGCUGCCUCAGUGCACAACACACUGCUACAAAAACAACAACAACGUCGACAGCUGUGAAAAAUUAGUUUCACAUCUCAUGUUGUUGUAGCCAUAUUUUCACAUGGAGGUGGCGAUCCUCGCCAAACUCCUUUAGGUGAGCAAGCUCGUUCCGGUCCAAAGGACCGAUUGCUGCAGAAACAGGAUGGCCACUGGUUAUUUAAAGGCGCCAUUAACUCGCCUUGUCAUAUCGAGCAUCAUAGACACUCAGUAUUUGUGCAAGAGCCGGUGCCGCACACUAUUUGUUUUUGUUUCUUUAAUUUACUUUAAUUGGCUAUGACAGAACAUUUGUCCCAUUAGCCGAACGUAGAAUAUCGUUCCAAGGGCCUCGAUUCUUAAAUCUCUGACACCAAGUUUCGAGGUGUCUCACACCACUUAAUCUUUCCAGCGGGCUUUUGGUCGUCCCGGUUUGCGUGUACCCCGCGAUUGCGUUCAAAAGACUUCUUUGAUUGAGCUUCUUCAUCCAUUUUGACAAUAUGAUGUCUUUUAAUGUCUGCAGGAAGAUGUGGCCGUAUCAAAGCCAUCGGUUUAAGGUUGGAAUAAUUUCCGGACUAGGAGGUGGUGGUGAUUUCAAACCGGCCUAUCCCACUAUGGACAUACACCUAAGUCAAGGAUCGCCAUGUUGCGCGCACGAAUUACUUUAAAGUCACCUCGAAAAUCAGGAAUUCCGUGCUGCUCAU